GAGACAAUUCCGUUAGUUUGACGAGGAAAGAACAAGAGCGUCCAUGACUUGACGACGUCUAACAACUCCUUCACAACUCUAUUGGCAGCAAUGUCGAGAGAAAACACCACGCGGAGUUUGGACAGCAUCGACCUCGCUGCACUGAGAGAUCCAGCAGGUAUCUUUGAAUUGGUAGAGGUGGUAGGCAAUGGAACCUACGGUCAGGUGUACAAGGGUCGUCAUGUCAAAACAGGUCAAAUGGCAGCUAUCAAAGUCAUGGAAGUCACAGAGGAGGAAGAAGAGGAAAUAAAGCUGGAGAUCAACAUGUUAAAGAGCUAUUCCCACCAUAGAAAUAUUGCUACUUAUUAUGGAGCUUUUGUUAAGAAAGGUCCUGCUGGACAGGACCAUCAGUUAUGGCUGGUGAUGGAGUACUGUGGAGCAGGCUCUGUGACAGACUUGGUGAAAAAGACAAAGGGUAACAGUCUGAAAGAAGACUGGAUCGCUUACAUCUGCCGAGAGGUGCUCAGGGGUCUUUCCCAUCUCCAUUCCCAUCAUGUGAUUCACAGGGACAUUAAGGGACAGAAUGUUUUGCUUACAGACAAUGCCGAAGUCAAACUUGUUGAUUUUGGAGUUUCGGCACAGUUGGACAAGACCAUUGGUCGAAGGAACACCUUCAUUGGUACUCCCUAUUGGAUGGCUCCAGAGGUCAUUGCCUGUGAUGAAAAUACCGAAGCCACAUAUGACUACAGGAGUGACCUCUGGUCUUUAGGCAUCACUGCUUUAGAGAUGGCAGAAGGAGCCCCUCCUCUAUGUGAUAUGCACCCAAUGAGAGCUCUAUUUCUGAUUCCAAGGAACCCUCCACCCAGACUGAAAUCAAAGAAAUGGUCCAAGCGCUUUUUGUCGUUCAUUGAUAGCUGUCUAGUUAAGAAUCAUCUGCACAGACCCACAACCGAUGCCUUACUUAGGCAUGCCUUCAUUCGAGAUUUGACUAAUGAGAGACAAGUGCGGAUCAUGCUCAAAGAUCACCUUGACAGAACCAGGAAGAAGAAAGAGAAAGAGGGCCCAGAGUAUGAGUACAGUGGUAGUGAAGAGGAAGAAGACGAAGUCACAGAGGAGGAAGGAGAACCCAGCUCUAUAGUUAAUGUUCCUGGCGAAUGGACAUUACGACGAGAGUUCCUGCGUUUACAGACAGAGGAUCGAGAGGAGGGUCGGCAGAGGGGUAACAAAGUUGGUGCGGCUCAGCAAAGACAACAGGCUGUGCAGCAAUUAGCAGAGCAGGAACGAUACAAGCAGCAGCUACUAGCUGAUAGACAGAGGAGAAUACAACAACAACAUGAACAACGGCAAAUGUUAGAGGAUCAACAGAGACGCCAACUGUCAGAUGCUGCCUUUCAGUGGGCGGAGCUUCAAGAGAUUAUUCUUGGCGAGGAAUCUGAUCUCCAAGACAACAGAAUCCUAAAAGAUGACAGAUAUCAGAACAAUGACAGGAAAAAGGACCAUGCAAAAAGACAGUGGAAUGCUGAUGUGUCCAUAAGGCCUCUCAAUUCAGAGCAGAGAGCUGCGGCUCCAAACCCGCUGCUUCAGCUUAAGGCCAAACAGCCUCGUCCGUCACAAGCCAAGUCCCAGCCUCUGAGCCAGCAUCAGCAGCCCCCAGCCGUCAGGAGAUCCCACCGCACCCUGCCUAAAGACCAAACGCAGCUCCUGUCCCUGCAGCAUGACCACAGACACAGGGAGCGAGAGAGGGAGAGGCAUAGAGAAAAGCCAGACAUGCCUAUCCAAAACGUAAUGGCUAACAGUGGGAACACAACUGCCGCUUCUGCCGCUGCUUCCUCGCCCUGCCACCGUGCAAACUGCAAGCGCUCAGCGAUGGAUUACGGGGACUCAAAUAUAGCCAGGAUGCUUAUUGCUGCUGGCCUUCCCAGUCAGAUGCACUCAAGACUAGGCUCUGGGAGCAACUCUAGUCCUUGUACCCCUGCCAUGCAGAGAGCUCACCUAAACCAGAAUGCCAAUCUGUGUUCUAGUCGAGGUGUCACCCACAGCAGCUCCAUGUCAAAUAUGGAUAUAUUGCCUUUGUCGCCCUUCUCACCGACCUCAACCACUGAUGAUGUAUUCUGGGACUCUGAAACUCCACCUAAGGUCCCGGAACGAACUUCCUCUAAGUUCUACUGCAGAGAGCUGGUGAAAGGACACAAGAGGGCUGCGUCUAGUGGUAGUCCGGUGCUCACGACAGAUAAAAGUUCAAUGUCUGUUUCUCAUGAUGUGACCUCUGUCAGCAGUAACCAUCCAGACUACUUCAUGCAAGAGAGUCCACGUGUGCAGCACCAUCGACAGCAGCACAGACGGCAGCAGGAUGACAUCUACAGCAGACAAUCACAACAGGGUGUCAAGUCUGCUCUCAGCCCAUUCAACAAAGCCACGGAAUACUCUUCCUCCAGUGAUGAGUUCGGAAGCAGCGAUGAUGAAGAAAAGAACAGUUGCGGCCUCUCCAACGGAAAAAGAGAGAAACAUUGCAAACAAAUAACCAAUGGCAUUGUGCUGCAACCUCAUCACAACCUUAACCAGAGUUCUCAGAUGACAUCAAAUGAUACCUACAUGCUACCAGACCUUCUGCAGAAAAUAUCUUCAUCGGGUCCUCACAACGCACUGAGCCAGCUGCAGCGAAUGCAAGAGCGCAGUUUCUCACAAUCACCGACAGCACCACGAUCCCCUACACACCAGGAACUGCAUGCUUUUAGCAGUCCAACUGGCAAAAACACCUCAUCUUCCUCCUCCUCCUUCUUCUCCUUCAUUGAUCCCAGAUUGAUCCCUAUAUCUUCACCGCCACAGAGCCCCACAUGCAGUAAGGGUGAGCCAAUCAAGAGAGAGAACCACAGGAAGGGAUCUGUCGUGAAUGUGAACCCCACUAAUAUUCGACCACAAAGUGACUCUCCUGAGAUCCGCAAAUACAAGAAGAAAUUCAAUGCUGAGGUUCUCAGUGCUGGACUAUGGGGUGUGAAUCUGUUGGUUGGUACAGAGAACGGUCUCUGGCUGCUUGACAGAAGCGGUCAGGGGAAAGUCUACUCACUCAUUAGCAGAAGAAGGUUUCAGCAGAUGGAUGUGCUGGAAGGACUGAAUGUGCUGAUUACUAUAUCAGGUAAAAAGAACAAGCUCCGCUUGUACUACCUGUCUUGGUUGAGAAAUAAAAUCCUCAGGAAUGACCCGGAAGUGGAGAAGAGGCAAGGUUGGACAUCUGUUGCUGAUCUGGAAGGUUGUGUACACUACAAAGUGGUGCGAUAUGAGAAGAUCAAGUUUUUAGUAAUUGCUCUGAAGAAUGCAGUCGAGGUUUAUGCCUGGGCACCCAAACCCUACCAUAAGUUCAUGGCCUUUAAGUCUUUCAGAUCUUUGCCACAGAAGCCGUUGUCUGUUGACCUGACCGUGGAGGAAGGUCAAAGGUUAAAGGUCAUCUAUGGCUCUUCAUUUGGUUUUCAUGCCAUUGAUGUCGACUCUGGAACCCCAUACGACCUGUAUCUGCCUACACAUAUCCCGGGUACCAUCCAUCCCCAUGCCAUCAUUAUUUUGCCAAACAGUGCCGGUACAGAGGUUCUUGUUUGCUAUGAAGACGAAGGCGUCUACAUUGACACCUACGGCCGCAUCACCAAGGAUACGGUUUUGCAAUGGGGAGAGAUGCCCGCAUCUGUCGCCUACCUGCAGUCCAACCAGGUGAUGGGUUGGGGAGAGAAGGCUAUAGAGCUCAGGUCUGCCAACACAGGAAACCUGGAGGGAGUUUUCAUGCACAAAAAGGCUCAGAAACUCAAGUUCUUGUGUGAAAGAAAUGAUAAGGUCUUCUUUGCGUCAGUGCAGUCAGGAGGCAGCAGUCAGAUUUACUUCAUGUCUUUGGGUCAGAACUCUCUGUUCAACUGGUGACAGGUGGACCUGUGACACAGGCAUCAGCUGCUUGUGCCGGCCGUCAUCUUCCUCGAUUUUUCACACUUGUCCUGACGGUUUGUCACACCUUACGGAUGUGAGACGAGGCAAAGAACACACACUGACAGCGUCUUGGAGCUAAUCUGCUUUGGACCUUAUCUGGCCCAAAGACUCAGUCCUACGCCUUCACUGGAUUUGUUUUUUCUCGCCUUUCCACACAGCAGCUGUUCUGCAUACGGCUCAUCUUGUGUGGAUUAUCUGUCAUCGCCCCUCACAGGAGUUCACAGUUUCUGCUACUGAAGGAGUAAAAGCUGGACAAAUAGAAACAUUAUCCAUGCACUUCACAGACAAGUCAGUGUUAAGAAAUGAAUACCUUAGGAUGGAUUAGCAGGUUUUACAUUGAGCCUUUUUAAUAUCCCUUCAUUUUUCUAGGUUGCUUGUCAACCUUUAGAAUUGCUGGGACUAUUCACAGACAAAACUCAUUAUUAACUGUCAAACUCCAUAUUCUUUCUAAAACAGUGAUACCUCGGUUCCUUUUUGAAAUCCUUCAGGCGAAAAUCCAAUGUUUCGUUUCAGACACUCCAAAAUAUUAACAAAAAAAAUAUUUUAUAAAUAAUAAUUACAUGAAAAAACGAACGUGAAAGACAUAUAAAUGAUGAAUGUGUUACGUGCGUGGGGUCGCAGCUUGUUGCGAGGUUCAUUCCCCCGGGAUGCAAACGGACCACUCCGGACAGGACGUGCAGGUAGGAACAUGAUUUAUUUGUAGAACUCAAACAAGUACCAAAAACUGAAAACAAACCAGAGGAAAAAUGUGCUGAUCGCACUCGAAGCGAACGCUAACACUUAGCAUAGGCAAAAAGACAAGGAAUACUCACGUAACUGUAGCAUAAGCAAACAAAGAAGCCAGGCCGACUGACCGUCAAAGGCAGGCUUAAAUAAUGCCUCUGAUUAGUGCUCGGGAACAGGUGAGCGUUCCGAACACCAAUCAGAGGCAGGUGAAAAUAAUAAGCAACCAUGGUAACUAAAACAAACUCAAGGGUGCACAAAACAGGAACUGAGGGAGUCCAAAACUAACCGAAAAUACCAAAAACAUGAUCCGGGCCACGGAUCAUGACAGAAUGAAAUAGAUAAAUGAAUAUUUAUUAUCACUUUUAACUUUACUUGUGGGCAAAGAUGGCGUUGAGCAAAGAGGGUCUAAAGGAGGAUAGCCGAGCUGAGUCCUUUCAUCUUCUUUCUCAAAGUGCUGGCAGAGGUUCUCUGAUUGGGGAUUUAAUUCCACAAAAAAAACGUGCGCGCAAACAGACUAUUUUUACGCAUGAUGGGUCUGAUCUACUAAAGGUCUGUGCGUAUUCAAACUAUGGCUGUCAAAUUUGCGAUUAAUCACAAAAAAUAUUGCAUUAAAAAAAAAAAAUUAAUCACGCAAUCUACUUUUUUCCUUCCGCACAUGCUCCUUUACCUCAAUCGUGGAUGAGUACCUGAAAGGUGGCGUGAGUUGUUAUACGGCCAGUGAUCAGGUCAGUGCAAAGACUGGUGUGUGGAACUUAGAUAAAACUGUUUGAGCAAAUAAAUGACGUACAUUCAAGUAAAACAAUCAAAUAAAUGUCUGUCUGACAUUCUGCAUACUUCAUACUUGCCAACCUUGAGACCUCCGAUUUCGGGAGG